ACAGUUGAAAAUGUCAAUUUAAUGUUAAGCAGUGUGAGUAAUAGUGUCAACGAACUGUUGACAAUAUUUCGUUGGGCAAUUCUUCUCUUCAUUGUCACAUUUUGCUUGAUGGCCAUUGCAUUAACAACACUUUGUUGCUAUGUUAAAUGUUAUGAG